GCCAAGAAAAUACUUCAACGAGUGUGGGGAUAACUAUUACUGGGCUUGCUGAUGAAUUUACUGUUUUGAUGUACAACCUUAAGUCAUAUUAGAGGCCAUGCGGUUGGUUUUGGUCGCUUUUAACAACAAUAUUUCUCCUUGAAUGUGAGGCACUAACUUAUACAAUCCUUUCACCAUGCCCUCCGUUCAGACCAUCCAGCUUUCUCAUGUUCCCUCGAACUGUCCAGUGCAUGUCGCGUUAUAUCGAGAUCUCGAAAAUGCAUCGUUUUUAAGGGAGCAGCUCUUUUCUGGAAAUACUGAAUUCGAAUAUGCCUUCAUCGAUGCUGCAACGAUACUCUCCACCACCCACCUGCUUGCGGCUGUGUUCAGAGCAGUUAAUGACCACCAAAAUAACCGACUGAAGUCGAAGAAUGUUCAUUCCGAAAUAGUAUAUUCUCUCAGCGCUAACAAUAAUAUUGCAGAAUCCUUUCGCAAAUUUGGGUUGACGGAUACCACCAAGGACUUAUUAGUGGUAAAGGUUUCCACGUCACCAGAGGUGACAAAUGCGUCCGUAGCUCAGCAUCUGGAGAGAGUGAUCAAGGGAAUCUCGCUUAAUUUCGAUAACGACAACCUCCGUCUGGUGUCAGAUAUUGGGAAGAUUCGGAAGGCAUAUAAGUUGGGUUCGGGGAAUGUGAAUCAGGCGCCGAAGGUUGAAGCAGGCAAGGCUGGCCAGAAGUCCUCCAAGACGCCAGCGGGGAUUGAAAUGAGAGAUCUCGAGAGGACCAUUCUUGGCCUCAUGGCUUUGAGAGGGUCGUGAUUGAUCCUGAUGUUGCCUGACUUCGACUUGAAAAAUUGUUGAAGGGUAUCGAAGGAUAUUUUCCCGUCUCAAGGCUUCGGCUUUCGGUUGGAUUUCUUUUGCAAGCUUCGAUUGCCUCACCACCGCGCACGAUUUAACGAUGAUCCUGUGGUUUGCAUUCUGAGCUGUGUAAGGAAUAUCCUUCUUGAGGGAUAUAUAAUGGUUUCUCGUGGCAGCAGACAGGCCUUCAGUCAAACUAUAUACGAUACUUUGAGGGUUCUUCUUUCUCUUUUUGGCGAACCAGCCGCGGUGUUGUAUGGUGGCAGGAGCUUGGGCCUUUUUCUUGGUAUUUGACCGUGGCUCAUUGUUGCAGCUCGCCCGGGAGGAAAUUGAGUAGGUCCCAUAAUCAGGCCAGCAACAACGUGGGCUAGCCAGAUAAAUGCAUGGGCAAAAUAAAUAACCCCAGCAAAUGUGGGAAGAAUAGAGGCAAUCGGUAGAAACACCGCUAAAUACAAGAUAUUAUAGUUCUAACUGAGUUACAAUUAUUCAAGCAACAACUCCUCCACACAUCCAUCU